GCUGAUGAUGUCCAUUUAGUUUCCGUCCAUUUUCCGAUUUAACUUUAACGUAACGUUUUAUAUUGUCCAUGCAUAAGGACAAUUAAGAUACGAAGAAAAAUGAAUCAGCCAAUAUGGAAAUUAAGAUCACACUCAUUAUUUAUUUCCCUUGUUACGUAAUAUCCGCCUGCUUGAUUCAGUAUCAAAAACAUUGAAUAUGCUUCCAAAUAAAUAUAUUUGAAUAUAUAUAUUCUACUACAAACCAUAUCAAUUUACGUCGUCUUAGGAAACCCAUAUUUAAUCAAAUCUUUGUCUCUCUUUCUGGCCGCAGAGAGUUUAUCGGACAUAAAUCUUCUUUGACCAUCCUUUCUCACGUCCGUUUAUCUCUCUCUUGGGAGAUAAAAAGAACUUUUUUACGAUAGAUAUUUUUUUUUUCUUUUUGGUAUCAUUACCAAACGCAAGAAAACAAAAAGAAAAGUCUAGGCGUUUGACGAGAUGGGAAACUGUGCCACCAAGCCAAAGGUUCUCAAAGAUUCCGAGGAGGAUAUGGUUCCGGUUGAGAGAGAUAUGGCGGCUCCGAGUGAUCAUAACAAGAUUACGGCGGAAAAGAGCCAGAGCAAUGCUCCUAACGAGGCGGUUGAUACAGCUGCUACGGCACGACGGAGCGAGAAAGGAAAAGAGAUUCUGGUUGAAGAUGAUGUGAAGAAGGAACACGGCAAAAGCCAAUCUCUCAGUCCCUUGUUUCACGAGGACAAAGUAAUAGGAAAAGAGGUAACCGAUAUUACUCCCACAAAACCUGAGACCAAUGACAAAACUGGUGCUUCUUCAAAGGUUACAAAGCUUGAUGAUGCUUCUCCUUUAAUGGCUACUAAUGUAAAAGCUCCAGAAUCCUUUGACGUUCAAACUCGAAAUGAUCUUGAAGUCAAGAUUCCAAAAGAUUCUGAGGUUAAGACUCCUGAAACGCCUAAAGCUAAGGAGGCUGAAGAACAAGAAGUUCAUUUUUCAGAGAAUUGGGAGGUUAAGUUUCCAGAGGAAUUGGAAACUAACACAACAUCAGGAGUUGUUAAGGUUAAAGAAGAGUCAAAACCUCCACAAGUUUCUAAGGUUUCUGCUCCUGAAUUAUCUGACGUGAAGGUUACGAAAGAGUCAGAUGUUCCUAAGGUAUUGGAAGAUAAGAAUGUUCAAGAAGUUUCUGUUGUUCCUACUCUUCCUGAAUUGUCCAACACUAAGGUUACAAAAGAAUCUGAUGUCCCUAAGGUCUUUGAGGAUAAGAAUGUUCCAGAAAAUUCUGAGGUUCAUGCUCCUCCUGAAUUGUCUGACAUUAAGGUUACAAAAGAGUCAAAUUUUCCUAAGGUCUUGGAAGAUAAGAAUGUUCUGAAGACUGAUGAAGUUAAAGCUGCAGAGUUAGAACUUCUGAAGGUUUCAGAGGUUAAAUCUUCAGAGGAUUUAGAGAUUAAAGUUCCAAAAGUUUUUGAAGUCAAAAAUCCUGGAACAUCUAAUGUUAAGGUUGAAACAAAGGUUAAGACUGAUCAAGAAGCAUAUCAAGUUAAUACUGGAGAAGAUACAGAGGUUCCAGAGUUUCUAGAUGCUCAAGAGAAGAUUGAUAAAGCUGAAGCUCAGAUUCUUGAGGACAUUAAAGUGACAGAAGAUAAAGAGAUUAUGAUGUCUGAAAAUGAAGAAGAAAAAGGUUUGUCUAUUGAGAAGAAAGUCAAAGAGUCUACACUAUCUGGUUUAGAUAGCAAAUGAGUUACAAAAGAGACAGAGAAGGGUUAGCAUCUUCUUAUAGGAAAUUUCAUUUUGUGUUUUUGAAAUCUCCUUUGUUUUUUUUUUUAAUUUUUGUUUUCUAAUUAUGGGGGAUAAUUAGUCUAUUUGCAUGUCUCCCAAGUUGUAAUUAUGUUGAUGCCUUGUCCCUGGGCUCAUGUUGAAGGCCCUUAUCUGUCUAGAUUUGGGGUUACCAUUUCAUGCAAGAGUCCAAGACCAUUCUCAUCUCUUCUUGUUGGUUCAUGGCCACUUGUCAUUGGACUGGACGAACCUUCUAUUUCCCUUAAGUGAUUCUCUCUUGACUUCUUGUUUUAUUUUUCUGUUCUACAGAAUAAGUCAACACGAUCUUAUUUAGUUAUUAGUUUAAAUUUCUUAUAAAUGGGAGAAAAAAUCACUAGUUUUUU